GAGGGGGGAAAAGACAUUAUUUUUUCUCCUCUAUGUUCUUUGAAAAGCAAGGCAACAGCAUCUUUAGACAAGGUGUGCUCUUGCAUAAAUUUAAGUGGAAGAGACAAAGAAACCAUGCCACCAGCAGCAUCGGAGAACAAAACUGAAAGCACCAAGCAGUGAGAAUUCAGUCCAGGGAAUCUGGGGGGAAGAAAAAGCAAACUGGCAAGCAGAGAUCAGGCAGGAAAUAACUCAUGUGAAAAAGGAUACAGAAAAUUCAGUGUUUAUGUCAUUUUCGCAGCAGCAUCACCGUAUGAAAACUCUGUUCUGAAAUUUCCGUCAGGAAGUGACGAGCACUACGAUUAAGAUCCACACGACAUCUCCAGUGCUGCAGCUUCUCAGUUACCUCCCUGGGAAACGAACACCUCCCCUUUCCGCAGCGAGAUCAGCACCGGGAGAGAAAAAAACCUACCUAAGCAACAUCCCGAUGGGAAUAACCGUCCAAAACAUCACAGGAAACACCGCAAUGGUAAUUUGGCCAAAAAUGGCCAGUUGUGCCGACAGCUUUUACAGCGUCAUGUACCACCCUAACUGGAACAGCAUGCUCUCGAGUUACUCGAGAAAGAGCUUUCAGAAGGAAGAGAGAGUGCCCACCAGUCGCUCCUCCUUUGUUGUUGAAAACCUAACUCCACUGACAACAUACACCCUGUGCGUCACCUGCCAGUCCGCAAACCCCUCCAGCGACCAGUGCAGAGUUUUUAACACGCUGGAACGAGACCCGGCAUCCGUGAGCAACACCAAGAAAGAGCUGGCGCUGGGCAUCUGGCUCGCCAGCGGCGUCCUGCUCCUCAUCAUCGCCACAAUCCUCCUCUACGGCUGCCUGCACCUCCUCUGCCGCAGGAGACGCGAGCGUUUGCAAGGGCGAAACGGGACCUCCGAACAAGACCAUGGGAAGGUGUGGACCAAAAGCGCGGUGUACGCCUUGGAGGAGCUCGGCAGGCAGAGCCAACUGAUGCAGAACACCGAGGAAAACCAUCCAGGUGGCAUUCAGCUGGCCACAAUCAUAGAGAAUCCUGCAGCACGCAAGGAGCCCAUCAUGCCAACUUCCAAAAGCCGAGAACGAGUGCCAACGACAGGACAGUGCUCUGCUAUAAAUUAG